AUUGUGGUCAUUCUUGCAAAUCACCCUUAAAGACACACCUUUGCACAUUUCCAAACUCUUUCUUGAAAUAAUAACACAGCAAGAGCCGCCAAAAAACCCUAAUAUCACACUUUUUCACAGAACUUCAAAUCUACAAUGGUGACUACUGGAAAGAAGACAAAAAAGACCCAUGAGAGUAUUAACAACAGGUUAGCAUUGGUAAUGAAGAGUGGAAAAUAUUCUCUUGGUUACAAGACUGUUAUCAAGACUCUACGGAGCUCUAAAGGAAAGUUGAUUUUGAUAUCCAACAACUGUCCUCCUUUGAGGAAGUCUGAGAUUGAGUACUAUGCUAUGCUCUCAAAAGUUGGUGUUCACCAUUUUAAUGGAAACAAUGUCGAUCUUGGGACAGCUUGUGGAAAGUAUUACCGAGUCUCAUGCCUUAGCAUCAUUGACGCAGGUGAUUCAGACAUCAUCAAGUCUCUGCCUGGAGAUCAUUGAGAGUUUGUCUAUCAUUUCAUAUUCUUGAAUUACACAGAAAAUUUCUUGUAGCCAAGAGUAUAGUUGUUUCUCAGUUUUGUUUCGUUUAUCAUUUUACUUUUAGUUCGAGCCAGAUGAUAGGUGAUGAGAAUUAAGCUAUUUAUAUUUUUUUCGGUAAUUGAUUUAUCUUGUUCUCCUAA